GCAAUCGUAUCAGCCCUGUGUUCGCCUUUCCCUCUGACUUUCUGGGCUAUGGCGCCGUUUAUUUUAACUUUGUGCACGCAUGCUGCAUUGCACACAUUUUGCAGCACACCAAUUGGAGCUUGCCAGUGCGACCCAGGGGCGAGCGCCAAAAACGGAGAGUUCUUCCAACACUAUUUGGGUGCUCCCUUUCCAUUGGGCUCCUUUCGAUGCUGGUGAUUCUCCUUGUGAUGCAGGACGUUUUUCCAAUGACCCAUGGACAGGAUUUCAGGUGUUUUCCGUGCCGUUGCUCUGACAAUGCUGACUCAGCUGGCCAACAGAUUGACAGCUGCACCCUUGCAGCCGUCCUCAGACAGAAGCAGGUGAACCUGGCUGCGAAGAACAUCACUGCCGUGGACCCAAAGGCUUUUAGCUCACUUGGACAUGUGCAUCGAAUGUCAUUGGCGAACAACAGCUUGAUCCAUCUGCCUCCGGGCCUCUUCGAAGGUCUAUCAUCAUUGGAGCAGUUGGACUUGACCCGAGUUGAGUUGGCAACACUUCACGAAGAUUCCUUUCGGGGCUUGGAGCAGCUGAAACUAUUGGCGAUGAGCGACAACCAGCUCACCGAGCUCUCGGCUGCGAUGCUGCGACAUUUGCCGCUGUUGGAGCAGCUUCUCUUGGGCGGCAAACGGGACGAGGAGGGCAGGGUCAUCGUGCAGGGCAAUCGCAUAAAAAAGCUCGGAACCAUCUUCGGACGCAACGAACAGCUGCAGGUGAUCGACUUCAGCGAAAACCUGCUCCAGAAGAUUGACCCAGCUACGUUUGCAGGACUCAAGAAGCUCCGAUGGCUGAGUUUGGAAUCAAACCAGUUGACGACACUUCCUGCGGGAGCAUUCCAAGGCCUUGAUCAACUCAAGGAACUCUAUCUGUAUGGCAGCAAGUUGACGACACUUCCUGCGGGGCCAUUCCAAAGACUUGGCCAACUCCAGAAACUCGAUCUGAGCUUCAACGAGUUAACCAGAAUUCCUGCGGGAACAUUCCAAGGCCUUGGUCAACUGCAGGAACUUGAUCUCUACAACAACAAGUUGACGACAAUUCCUGCGGGGGCAUUCCAAGGCCUUGGUCAACUGCAGGAACUCAAUCUGAAGUACAACCAGUUGAUGACAAUUCCUGUGGGGGCAUUCCAAGGCCUUGAUCAACUCAAGGAACUCGAUCUGGGCCGCAAUCAGUUGACGACAAUUCCUGCGGGGGCAUUCCAAGGCCUUGAUCAACUCAAGGAACUCAAUCUGAGGCACAACCAGUUGAUGACAAUUCCUACAGAGACUUUCCAAGGACUUGGCCAACUGCAGGAACUUGAUCUCUACAACAACAAGUUGACGACAAUUCCUGCGGGGGCAUUCCAAGGACUUGGUCAACUGCAGAAACUCGAUCUGGGCAGGAACAAGUUGACCACAAUUCCCGCGGGGACAUUCCAAGGCCUUGGUCAACUGCAGAAACUCUAUCUGAAUAGCAACAAGUUGACGACAAUUCCUGUGGGGGCAUUCCAAGGCCUUGAUCAACUCAAGGAACUCGAUCUGGGCCGCAAUCAGUUGACGACAAUUCCUGUGGGGGCAUUCCAAGGCCUUGGUCAACUGCAGGAACUCAAUCUGGGCAUUAACAGGUUGACCACAAUUCCCGCGGGGACAUUCCAAGACCUUGGUAAACUCCAGAAACUCUAUCUACGUAGCAGCCAGGUGGCCACAAUUCCUGCGGGGGCAUUCCAAGGCCUUGAUCAACUCAAGGAACUCAAUCUGAGGCACAACCAGUUGAUGACAAUUCCUACAGAGACUUUCCAAGGACUUGGCCAACUGCAGGAACUUGAUCUCUACAACAACAAGUUGACGACAAUUCCUGCGGGGGCAUUCCAAGGACUUGGUCAACUGCAGAAACUCGAUCUGGGCAGGAACAAGUUGACCACAAUUCCUACGGGGACAUUCCAAGGCCUUGGUCAACUGCAGGAACUCUAUCUGAAUAGCAACAAGUUGACGACAAUUCCUGUGGGGGCAUUCCAAGGCCUUGAUCAACUCAAGGAACUCGAUCUGGGCCGCAAUCAGUUGACGACAAUUCCUGCGGGGGCAUUCCAAGGCCUUGGUAAACUCCACAGACUCUGGCUGCACGACAGCCCUUGGAAUUCUUCGAGCGUUUGCAUUAAUUCUUCCUCGUUUCCGCUGCUGAAUGAUUUGCGGGGCGUAAGCUUUUGCCAACAUGUUUAGGGACUGAGCGCUUGAAGUGCAUCUGGCCCUUUUGCAACCACAGUUUUGGAAGCGCCACAGCAAGCGCAGAAAAGAACUUCACGUAUUUUACAUCAAAACCUAUCCACCUCGGUCAGCCAGCCUUGAUCAAGGACACGCACACAUUGUUUCUCGCCGUCAUGCAGGAAGUGAAAGGGAAACUGAUGGUUUCUCCGCCGCCUGGCAUCGGAGGAAAACCUCCUGGAACUUUUUAUUCAGUCGCUUGGGCUCUGAUCGUGGUUCACAAGCAUUUGGCAUGCACACUGCCUCACUGCUUCACUCAUCCAGAUCUCCAAGCAGUUUUUGAGAUGAAGCGACGAUGUGGUUCGCGCUUGGAUAGCAGGUUUCACUCUCACUUUUCAGAGGUUUCACGGCAAGGACCCUGAGACUCCCGGAUUGGAGUGAUUUGUUUGGUGAUUUGUGAUGCAGUGC